CUGCCCGGGCAGGCAGGAGGCAGAGCGCGGGCGGGGCGGGGGCGGGCGCGUGAAUCAGGCCGAACGGGCGGGCGGGCCGCGGUGGGGAGUGGCUGUCGGACGGACCGGACCGCGAGGCCUCUGGGCGGCGGUGGGCUCCUGCUGCCCCUGUGCCGAGACCCCGCUCACCUGGCCAGGUAGGGCUCCCACCCCAGGGCGGGCCGAGCACCGUGCGGCGCGGCGCGUAGGACGGGAGGCUCGGGCCUCCGCGCGGAGGCACCUAGGUAUGGACCUGGGCCGGGGUGUGCAGUGAAGGCGUGUGUGGGGCUAGGUGAGAGACAGGGGGACUGCGCUAUGGGUUACUGGGGAAGGGGUUUCCCAGAGGCACGCUGGCAAGUAGGAGGCAGAAGGAAAGGUGCGACUCGCCCUCGCGGCCUAGAUGUUGUCCGGGCAUGACCUGUACCUUUCCCGGAGCCUCUUCCCAAGCCGCCAUGAACUGGGGUGUCCAGGCCUGGAUCCCUGGGUGGAAGGCAGGAAAAACUGGGGUCUCCUAACUUCUGAUCCCACAUUCCGGGACUGGAUUGGCAGAUAAAACACCUGGUCUGGGUAGCGGCUAACUUCUUGGGGCACAGCAACACCCUUGGGCCUUGCAGUGCCUAACCCGAAAGCUGUAUAACUCACCGACUUCCGGUCUUUGAGCCUAAUCCCACCUCCCAGCUUCUUCUUGUCCCCUACCGUCGCACCCCUACUUGGUCACAGUCACCCUCUUUGUGUAGUAGCUUGAGGUCCUCCCCAUGGGAUCUCCCUCCCAAACACAGGAACACUACCUUCUGUAGGGGAGGGGUGGUCUUUUUCUUGUGCUUUUUGUGGUGAAGGGCCUGGAGAAUGGCUUCAGGUCGGAGGUCAGCGACAGAAAAUUCCUGCUGAGUCAUUCAUUGGUUUGGGUGGGAUAUGUGUCUUCCUUAAUCAGGGGCCUACUUGGAUAGGCAGAUGUCAGUUAACAGGCUGUUGGGUUCAUUGCUGAUAGGAGUGGUCACUGCCCAGUCUAGAGUUAAGUGCGAUGUGGCUCAGCGAAGGAACAUGCGGGCAUUUGAGGUCUCGUGUGACUGCUGGGUGAGGGCAGGUCCCACAGUGGCCUGCUCAGGACUAGGGCGGCUUCCCAGUGAUGGUUCCUCACCAGAAGUCUGGACAGAGUCAGUUCUCUGUCUUCCUUAUACCAGAAAGUGACCCCUCAGAGCGAGCGUGCCAGGACUCCAUGUAGUGUGGGCAUGCCGACUGUGGAGGGCUGCGUCUGAGCGGACGGGUCAGCAUUCUUACCCCAGGUGGUCUGUCUUGAUCUCCCCAGAACAGUGUGCCACACCUCACACUGCAGGCAGGAAGGAAAACCAACAGCCUACAGUCAGGGCAGCACCCCAGAGGGAACUCAGAGCACUCUUCUUAGCAAGGAGACAUAGGAGUGUCCUCACCUCCAAGCUCUGUCGUAUUUGGACUUGUGAUGUAUUACACCAUGCUCCUAGGGAUGGCAGACACCAGAGCUCCCUGGGUCAGACACAAGCCAGAGUCCUAACCCCCUACAUCACUGGGCAAGUGUCCCCUAAUAACAGAGCGGCCAUCCUGGCAGCAUCACCUGGCCCACUCCUCAAGGCACUCCUCUUCCUGGGCAGAAAUAACUUCCUAGUCUCGACUGACAUCCAGGAACCUAUGUGGUAGGCAGGGCAAGAGCCCCAAGCCAUUUCAAGCCUGAGGAGCAGUGGGGAGUGGGGUGAGCUUGCCCUAAGGCAGCUUCCAGGCCAGAGGUCAGCAGGUUUCUGGGUGUUUGAUUGCUAUUUCUAGUGCCUUCUUCAAGCACAAGCUUUCUGCUACACCUCCCCCCAGCCACUAGAGAAGAAUAGUGGUCCUGGAGCACCUGUGACAGGACAAGACGUCCUUAGUGCAUUGGGGAGAGGGUGGCAGUCCAGGCUCAUGGAAAUGUCUCUCUCGUCUUCAGGAUGGGAAGGUAUAGAGACCCUAUAGAGAGGGCCUAGCCCCAAGGAACUGUGGCCCAAGGAGGUUUAGCUGAGGUGGGACGGUAGCAAAGGGUGAGGUUUUCAGAGCGGUUGGAGUUGGGGCAGGGAGAUGAGUGAAGGGGCUGUGGGAAGGUGGAGGUGUGGACUGGGGGAAGAGGUGUGGGUGGGGUUUAAGGCCAUCAUCCCUGGAUGAGUCAGUCUCCACUCUGCUGUGCUCACCUUGGGCCAGGUACAGUGUCUUGCCACCCCUCCCAGCCCUGCACAGUGAAGCUAACAGGCCAGAGCACAGGAUCUUCAGGCAGUGGAGACAGUGCCAAGGGGCCAACGAGACUAAUCUCUGGAGAAAAGAGGGAAUCAUCUUUUUACUGGACUGCAAUUGUGUCUUAACCAACAACUUAUUUUUAGAGGAAAGGGGAUCCACAAAGUAAACGGGUCAUAAAUGUACUGACCCUGGAGGAAGGGCCCCUGGCCCCAACAUGGCCCGUCGCUCCCAGAGCAGCUCGCAGGGGGACAACCCGUUGGCACCUGGGUACCUGCCACCUCACUACAAAGAGUACUACCGCCUGGCGGUGGAUGCCCUGACGGAGGGUGGGCCGGAAGCCUACAACCGCUUCUUGGCAUCUGAGGGGGCACCGGACUUCCUGUGCCCCGAGGAGGUGGAGCAUGUGAGCCGCCACCUGCAGCCCCCACAGUAUGUGGCCCGGGAACCCCCUGAAGGCAGCCCUCCCGAUGUGGACAUGGAUGGUUCCUCAGGCACCUACUGGCCAGUGAAUUCGGACCAGGCCGUGCCUGAGCUGGAUCUGGGCUGGCCCCUGACGUUCGGCUUCCAAGGCACAGAGGUCACCACACUGGUACAGCCGCCGCCACCCGACAGCCCCAGCAUCAAGGAUGAAGCCCGGAGGAUGAUCCGCUCCGCGCAGCAGGUGGUGGCUGUAGUGAUGGACAUGUUCACUGAUGUGGACCUGCUCAGUGAAGUGCUGGAGGCUGCUGCAAGGCGAGUCCCCGUCUACAUCCUGCUGGAUGAAAUGAACGCUCAGCACUUCCUAGACAUGGCCGACAAGUGUCGGGUCAACCUGCACCACGUGGAUUUCCUGCGCGUGCGCACAGUGGCAGGGCCUACCUACUACUGCCGCACUGGGAAGUCUUUCAAGGGCCAUCUGAAGGAGAAGUUCUUGCUGGUAGACUGUGCUGUAGUGAUGAGCGGGAGUUAUAGCUUCAUGUGGUCCUUCGAGAAAAUCCACCGCAGCCUGGCGCAUGUGUUCCAGGGAGAACUGGUCUCCAGCUUCGACGAAGAGUUCCGCAUCCUCUUUGCACAGUCGGAGCCGCUGGUGCCCUCAGCUGGGGCGCUAGCCCGCAUGGAUUCCUAUGCGCUUGCUCCGUACUCCGGGGCUGGGCCCCUGAUGGGCGUUCCCGGGGUUGGAGCACCAACACCAUUUUCUUUCCCUAAACGGGCGCACCUCCUAUUCCCACCACCCCGGGAAGAAGGCCUCGGGUUCCCCUCUUUCCUAGACCCUGACCGCCAUUUCCUAUCCGCUUUCCGCCGUGAAGAGUUGCAGCGGAUGCCUGGGGGUGCACUGGAACCCCACACAGGGCUCCGGCCGCUGGCGCGUCCCGCUGAGGCUGGACCCAUCGGAGAGCUCGCCGGCCCGCGGGGCUUCUUCCAAGCACGGCACCUGGAAAUGGAUGCCUUCAAGCGACACAGCUACACAGCCGCGGAUGGAGCCGGAGCCGUGGAGAACUUUGCCGCCGCAAGGCAGGUGUCGCGACAAACAUUCCUCAGCCACGGUGAGGACUUCCGUUUCCAGACCAGCCACUUCCAACGUGACCAGCUCUACCAGCAGCAUUACCAGUGGGACCCACAGUUUGCACCUGCGCGCCCGCAGGGCCUUUUCGAGAAGCUUCGUGCAGGUCGACCUGGCUUCGCGGACCCUGACGACUUCACCCUAGGUGCUGGGCCCCGCUUCCCAGAACUUGGUGCUGACGGGCACCAGCGGCUGGAAUAUGUGCCAUCCAGCGCAUCUCGGGAGGUGCGCCACGGCUCUGAUCCUGCCUUUGGACCCAGCCCCCGUGGUCUAGAGCCAAGUGGGGCCCUGCGUCCCAACCUGGGCCAGCGUUUUCCAUGCCAACCAGCCUUGAGGCAAGGCCAGGAUACCACUCCGGAGGCAGAGACUGAGCGCAGGGGUGGGCCCGAGGGCCGGGCCGGACUACGUCACUGGCGACUUGCUUCCUACCUGAGCGGCUGCCAUGGUGACGGUGGGGAAGAGGGGCUGCCAAUGGAGGCUGAGGCCUAUGAAGAUGAAGUGCUGGCUCCUGGAGGCCGGGACCUGCUCCCCUCCACUUUCCGCACCCCUGCAGUUUUCCCAGCCAAGGGACCAAAGCCAGGCUCCGGAAGCGGUGGUGGCGACAGCUCCGAGCGAGAGGGCCCAGAGGAGGCAAGCCUGGCUAAGCAAGACUCCUUCCGCUCACGCCUGAAUCCGCUCAUCCAGCGCAGCUCCAGGCUGCGCUCGUCGCUCAUUUUCGCAUCCCAGGCCGAGGGUGCUGGUGGGGCGGCAGCAGCCACUACUGAGAAAGUACAGUUGCUGCACAAAGAGCAAACAGUCAGUGAAACUCUGGGUCCCGGCGGGGAGGCUGUCCGCUCCAGCGCUUCUGCCAAAGUAGCGGAGCUGCUGGAGAAAUACAAGGGCCCUGCCCGGGACCUUGGCGGUGCAGGGGGUCCCGUCACCGCCUCCAGCCACAGCAAGGCGGUAGUGUCCCAGGCCUGGCGGGAGGAGGUGGUAGCACCAGGAGGAGCCGGAACUGAGCGUCGCAGCCUCGAGAGCUGCUUGCUCGACCUGCGGGACUCCUUCACACAGCAGCUGCACCAGGAGGCGGAGCGACAUCCGGGAGCCGCUUCACUGACCGCUGCACAGCUCCUCGACACUCUGGGUGGCACAGACCGCCUGCCAUCACGCUUCCUCUCCACCCAGGGCCGCUCCCUGUCGCCACAAGAUCGAGAGAGCCCUCCACUAGAAGGGCCCGGAACGCACCAGCUGCCUUACUCUGAGCGCAAGGGGAGCCCGACCCCGGCCUACCCUGAGCGCAAGGGGAGCCCCACCUCAGCGUACCCUGAGCGCAAGGGGAGCCCCACCUCAGGGUACCCUGAGCGCAAGGGGAGCCCCACCUCAGGGUACCCAGACCGCAGGGGCAGCCCAGUGCCCCCUGUGCCUGAGCGCAGGGGCAGUCCGGUACCCCCUGUGCCUGAGCGCAGAGGCAGUCUCACCUUCGGUGGGGAGCCUUCAAAGACCGGCCCCACAGAGGAAGUGGCCAGCGGCCCCAUGGAAGUUCUGCGAAAAGGCUCGCUCCGUCUGAGGCAGCUGCUGAGCCCCAAGAGUGAACGGCGUGGGGAGGAUGAGGGCAGCUUUCCCGCCCCUCAGGAAAACGGGCAGCCUGAGAGCCCCCGACGGCCCUCCCUGGGUCGGGGUGACAGCACAGAGGCUGCUGCAGACGAAAGAGGCUCAAGGGUGCGCCUGGCUUCAGCUACUGCCAAUGCUCUGUACAGCAGCAACCUGCGAGACGACACGAAGGCCAUUCUGGAGCAAAUCAGUGCCCACGGCCAGAAACACCGCGGAGUCCCUGCCCCAGGUCCAGUCCACAGCAGUCCUGAGCCGGGUCGCCCAACAACUGCAGGAGACUUGGCCCCAGACAUGUCCGACAAGGACAAGUGUUCGGCCAUCUUCCGUUCGGACAGCCUAGGGACACAAGGCAGGCUCAGCCGCACACUGCCAGCCAGUGCCGAGGAGCGUGACCGGCUCCUGCGCCGGAUGGAGAGCAUGCGCAAAGAGAAGCGUGUCUACAGUCGCUUCGAGGUCUUCUGCAAAAAGGAAGAAGGUGGUGGUACUGGGACAGGAGACAAUUUGGCAGAUGAGGACACCAGGGACAGUAAAAUGGGCAAAUUUGUUCCCAAGAUCCUGGGUACAUUCAAAAGCAAAAAAUGACCUCCUGGUCUUGGAGGCCAUGACUCCGCAUCACUGCCAUACUGUACCCACAGUACCCAUCUGGUAUUGAUGGAGUGGUGGCUGCCAGGCUGGCGUCAAAGCAGUCUGAAGCCUGGUGAUGACCGCCUGAACUGAGCUGCACUUGAAUUCGCCUGGCAGCUACACUCUCUCCCCCUCUUGGCUCAUCCUCACUAAGGGGCUCAGCCCCUCCUGGUGCAUUUUCCUCACCUCAGCCCCCACCAUCUCCCGGACUCAGGUCCACUUUGGGUCUUAUUUCACCUCAGGGAUCCACCUCUGCCUUAUUCUCCAACUUUUUAAGAACUCUCACUUUAUGCUUCAGUUGCCUACUUAGGGCCUUUUUAUCUCAGGGCUUUUCCUCAGGGUAUGCAUCGCACAGCUCCUGGGUCCACUGCCUGCCUCUGGUGACAGCUUCCCCCCCUCCUCUCCCCUCCAUCUCUCUCUGGAACUCACCUUCCCUCCUCCCACCGUCUCCUCACUGCCUCCUAGCACUUUCUUGGCACCUGCCCUCUUGCUGUGGGAACAGCAGGUCUGGCCUCAGGCAGUUUAAGGUAAAGGAGGGUGACAGGGAUGCUGGAUAGGGUAGGCCACUGGACAGUAGUUGCCAAGCACCUACCGGGACUCCCUCAAGCCACAUCUGCCCUCUCCAGCAAGUCUCUGGGUAGCACUUGAAGAGGAGCCAGGAAUGGGGAGCACUGGACUUUGCAGUACAAUAAAGCAGUCUAAACAGA